AUGCUCAUCUUACCAAUUCUCUACUAUGCCUUCACGGGUCUCGUCUUCAUUGCUCGGUUCAGUGGUAUGGUGGUGGUCAAAAUUCGUUUACACACCGCACAGCGCUGCAUCACGUUCGGAGGCAGCACCGUGUUCUACGGCCCGAAGGCACUGGAGAUGGUUUGGUGUCCUGCUCUCCUGUCACCUGGCAAGCCCCCCGGUGAAUCAUGGUCGCCGCCGUACGGCGAGGUCCCGGUGACGCCAAUUCCGAUCUACACCAAGGGGAUGCUGGUUCACUACUGGGGACUGGAUCAAUAUCGGUGGUUCCGCGAGGAGGAGGAGGCGCAGGAAGAGCCGGAAUGGACCCCGAUCGACUGGCUGGCCUGGCGCGUCGAGGUCCAAGGCCAGGUGCUGACGAUUGACCCUGUCGAGCCAGUGCCAGUCCCGCCGCCUACCUUCGGUUCAAAGCUCGCAGCGCGGCGCCGCAAAGUGAUCCGCAAGUGGGGACGGGUGAAGGCAACGAUGCGUUCCACCGCCGCUCGCAUCCAGUCCGCAACGUGGACCCGAACCACCAGAAUCUGGGCUCUCGGCGCUGGCGUGGUCGCAUUCUUCCUGGUAGCGGCUUUGGCCUGUCUGUUGUUGGAUCUGCUCAUAUUCAAGCUGGCGCGUGUAGUGAGGGCCCGACGACGAGCUCGUGCUCCACGACGUGUUCGUCAGAGCGAUCUGUACCCGCUGUUCAACGAACUAGUGGGUCCGGAUCACGAUGCCUGGUACUGGGAUGCGCACCGGUAUAUGGUAGCACCGCGACGAGCCGACUUCCCCGCGGACGACGACUUGCCGGAGGAUCCAUGGUGGACGGUCUGGAGCGAGCUUGUCGUGCUGCUGAGGCCGGGUGGCGCGCCUGGCUAG